UCGUUUAGAAGGUUCUUUAUUUAAGCCCAUUCAUAUACUUAAGUAUAAUUCCUUUCUUUGUCGUGAUUUGUGGUUCCUCUAAGUUACUCAUUAAAAUAUUAAAUCACAAAUAAUUAAAAUCACACCUUAAAAAGUCGUAUUACUGAUUAAAUAAAUGAUUUUUAGAAUACUGUACCGUAGAGGAUUUAGGUUCUGGCGGCAAAUUGCUGUACGCUCAGUUUCUAGUUGCUCUGAUAGCAAUGUAAAACAUUUAUGCAAGUAUCUUAAUGUGAAUGAAAGUAAAGCUCAAUAUUUGCUUUUAAAACAUCCAGUUAUAAAGAAAUUGGAUAGUACAAGACUAAAAAAUGUAAUUGAAAUACUGUACGAACUUGGAUUUCACACAGAAGUUCUCCUCAAAGAACCAUCUCUUUGCAGUAUAUUACCUGUAACACUUAAAUUUCGAUUCCAAGUGUUACAAGAAUGUGGAGUUGACAAUAUAUCACCAUCUCAUUUGCUUUCACAUUUGAUGAUUAUGAAACAAAAAACUAUAGGAGAAUUAAAGAAUUCAAAAAUUAUAUCAGCAACUGUAAAUGUUGAGAACAGACUUGCAAGUUACAUGACCCAGUGGCCAACAUCGCUUACAACUUUGGUUUAUGGAGAUGUAAAUAAAAUGACUUUGUAUACAUUGAGGCUUAAAAUUAUUCAAAGAUAUUUAGAACUAAUAUUGGAUCUUAGUCAAGACGAAUUUGAUAGAGGGCUGCAGACAUAUCCAACUGUAAAACAUCGUCCCCUGCAAGCUAUCAACAAGACACUGAGCAUUUUACAAGGACAAAUACUGAUGACAAAUGAUAAAAUUAAAUCAAAUUUUUAUUUAGUGCAUGCUGAUCCAGAAAAUUUAGAAAAUAUCAUAUACAAUCUUAGAACAAUUGGAGGAAUUGAUAUAAAAGAAGUUAUAAGGAUGCACCCAAAGUUAGCAACUAAAAACUGUUCAUCACUACUAGAAAUAAAAAAACUGUUAGAAGAGUAUGGAAUUGGUGAUGAGGCACAAAGAAGAUGUUUUCAAAUAUACACGCUGAGUCCCAGUACAAUUAAGGACAGAUUAGAUAAAGCUAGAAGCACACCAGAGUUCAAUGCAUUUUAUAAUCACCCAAGGUUUUUAAAAAUGAUACAUUAUAAUACCAAAGCAUCAGAAAGACUAAUGAAUUUAUAUAACAACAACAAAAAAUGCUUGAGCCUAAACAUACUUUCAGGAAGUUCAGCACAUUACAAUGUGUUUAAUAGGGCUCAGGGUGAUCGCUUAGGAAAGGGAAAAGAUCUUCUUUUUUGUAUCUCUCAAUCCUUGGAUAAUUUGUAUAGUAUGAAUGAUAUUGGAAAAGUAAUUAAAAGACAUCCAUUUUGGCAAUAUAUACCUCUAAUCCAAGUAAAAUAUGUCCAAGAACAACUGCGUAGUGAAUUUACAGUUAGUGACAUUUUUGAAAAUUGUACUAUUCUCUUAUAUCCAUGGAAUAAAAUUCGGCAUGUACUAAAUCUGCUUAACAUGAAGAAAAGCUCUGGCACUGAACCGCUAUUUAAUGAAUUACUAGAUUUGAAAGCAAUUAAUAAAUCACAAAAACUAAGUUUGAUUUUAUAUAUACUUGAAAGGAAUCAUUACUUUUCUGGAAAUGGAGUUUGGUCAGAAGAAAAACAAAAAAACAUUGUUGAUUUGACAAAAGAACAGGAAACCCGCAAGUCCAUUAUCUCAACCUUUUAAGAAAAAAUACAAACA